AAAAAUUGGGUAGAGUUUGGACCACAUGACAAAAAACUUCCAACCAACAAGGAUCACAGACACGGCGCGCCGAUCGGAAAUGGACGCUUUGCUCGAAGAAUGGGGCCUUGAAUCGUUGAAAGAAACGUUUAAUGAAAAUGGAGUUGACAUGGAAGCAGUUGAGCUACUGAAUGAAAAUGAUAUAGCAGUGCUGAUACCAAAAAUAGGGUUACGGGUCAAAUUCAUAGAGAAGUGGAAGAAAAAAUUUAAACAAGUCAUACCGGAAGUUAUUCCAUUAUCUACAGAAGUGCUCCAACAACUGUUUUCUGAGGAAGAAAGUAUUGAAGAUAGUUAUGCAUCGCAAUCCACUGCUCAAUAUUCAGACCUAGAUGAGGCUGCUACUUUUAAUCACAUUCAGCCACCUACUGUGUCAGAUAGUGAAUCACCCUCACAUUCACCCUUCUCACCGCCACCACUAAAGAGACAAAAGACGGUAUUAUUUGAUGUCAAGGAUAUACUUUCUAAAACUCCAGAAGGUAGAAAUGUCGCGAAAACCAUAGAAGAAACUGGCUUUCUAACAAAGAAACCCAGACUACAAUUGGUAAAGAUAUUGGUUGGAGCCUUAGUAUCACAGCAUGGCAAAAAUGCUGGUGCAUUUGAGAAAAAUGCUCUUGCCCAAAGCUUAAUAACAUGCUUUCCUUGCCUGAAAGAUCCACAAGGAAUCACAGGAUAUGAAGCAUUUUACUGUAAGGGUGCACAUGGACGUCCAGCAACAGGGUACCUGGAGGAACACCUGAGGUAUAUCCGGAAGCGUAUGCUGAAAAGCUCUACAGAAGAAGAUAAAGUGGCAUCAAAUGAUCCUAAGCAGUCACUGUCAGUUGAAAGUGUUGAAGUUACAGAUGAUAUUAUUAUGAAGGUACAAUGGUUGAAAGAUAACUUAGAACCAAAAAAUCAGGUACAGCAGUUCAUGGCGACCACUUUCAACUACCGAAUAGAAUGGAUAAAAGAUAAACAGCGAUCCGUUUCAGAUAUACUGAAAGAAUUCCCAAGACUUCUGGAUAACGAUAUGAUUGACCAGGACUUUAGAUCUUCAUAUCCUGAAGCUGCUGAUCGAAUGUAUGAGAAAUGGAAUGCCAUGGUUGAUCCGAUUUGUGAGUACGGAAUCAGGAUGUGCCCACUUUGGAAGGAAAUACUUGGCUUGUCAGAUAGCACAGACUUAGUGUCUUUGACAACAGAUGAGAAGUCUGUUCUGGCACUCUAUCUGAUCCCCUUAAUUUUUGAAAAUUCAGUCAAGAAAUCUGCAGCCGGGUCAAAGAUAGCAAGCACAUUGUCAUCUUUCAUUGAUUCACAACGACAAAUAAUUAAUGUUCAAGCGUACGUGAUCAAUCCAGAAACCCACCGACAACCAUUCAUAUUGGCACUUGGAGACAAAUUACUUCCAUCAGACCAGUUCGUAAUAAUCGAAAAUAAGGUCAUUCAGCAGCCAUCUCUUUUUAAAGCGGUGGAUGUGUGUUAUAAGUUGCACUAUGUUUUGGAUUGUAAAUACCAGGAAAAAUGCAGAUGGGUAUGGAAGUUCUUCGAAAGUUGUGUCUACAGCCAAUCAAAGGAAAAAAGAGAGAGUGCAUCCUUGAGAGCCAUGAGGGCAUAUUUGAAGUUUAAAAAUGUUCUGUAGGUAAAUGUUCCAUGUAAAAUAACCUCAGAAAAACGUUUAAAAAAACGGUAAAAAUAUUUCAAUAAAAAGUUGGAGAAAUAAUUCUAAGUGUCGUCUAAUAUUAUUAAUGUCGAAAUGCCUAAUAACAUCCAUCCACAUGUACAUACAUUUUCACCAAUAAAUUGGCAAAGGCAACCAUUAAAAGGCAACUGAUUAACCAAUAGAUGGUAAUUAA